GUUCUUCGCAGCAAUAGCUUGCUGGAGUCAACAGACUACUGGUUGCAGAAUCAGAGGACGCCCUGCCAAAUUGGUUUUGUGGAAGACAAGUCUGACAACUGUGCUUCAGUCUGCUUUGUGAAUCUGGAUGUGAACAAGGAUGAAUGCAGCACAGAGCACCUGCAACAGAAAUUGGUCAACGUUUCACCAGAUCUUCCAAAACUUAUCAGCUCUAUGAACGUCCAACAGCCAAAAGAAAAUGAAAUUGUCCUCUUAAGUGGGUUAGCAUCUGGAAAUCUCCAGGCAGAUUUUGAAGUUUCACAGUGCCCCUGGCUACCAGAUAUCUGUCUGGUACAAUGUGCAAGAGGGAACAGACCAAACAGUACCAAUUGCAUCAUCUUUGAAAUCAACAAAUUUUUGAUUGGUCUGGAGCUGGUGCAGGAGCGGCAGCUGCACCUGAACACAAACAUCUUGAAAUUGGAGGAUGACACAAACUGUUCCUUAUCUUCAAUUGAGGAAGACUUUCUCACCGCUUCUGAGCACUUGGAGGAAAGUGAGGUGGACGAAUAUAGGAACGGUUAUGAAAAUAUAAAUGUCUCAGCCAGUGUUUUGGAAACUAAAAAAACAAAGGAAACCACCCAGGAGGAAUGGAAUUACAGCAAAGAAAAGUUUCUUUAUGCUUUGGAAGACAAAUACAUUAGCAAAUAUCACACACCACUGAUUAAAAAAGAACGAUCUCUGGAAAACCUGGUAGAGAACACAGGCUUACAGAGUCUGGAUCCCUCAGCAAAACCAUCACAGUGCAAAGACGAAGCUGUGGGGAAUGAGAGACAAGCCACAAAUUAUUAUCAUUCUGAAACUUUUAAAGGUCAAGUGGAAAAAUCACAGACACUGUAUAUGCCGAAUAAUGCUUAUUUCUCCACAAUGGUUAAAAAUAGAUCUUCUGCAUGUGGCAGUAUCACUGAGCAGGGAAGCCACCUAGUCCAUGAAGACAUAAGAAACUCUCUUCUCCCUGUACAAGAUGGAGAAGUCACAACUGGCGAGUAUGCUACAAAUUUAGCAGAAUCUGUGCUACAAGAUGCGUUCAUUAGAUUAUCCCAGUCUCAGCCUACAUUACUCCAGGAAUCUGCGAUCAGUGUUUCUGUAGGCAGUUCUCUGCUUCCCAGUUGCUGUUCCACAAAAGAUAUGGUGGUCCCUCGGUCAUGGAAUGAGCUCCCCAAAAUCGUCAUUGUUCAGAGUCCAGAUGGCAGUGAUAUUGCCCCUGAGCCAGGCAUCUCCUCCUUGGGCCCUGAGAGGGAAGUCUCUGUUGAAGCCUUAGGCAUCCUUUCUGGAGAGGACUCCAGCAGACACCCCCAGAGUGCUCUAGAAGUAGCAUUAGCUUGUGCAGCCACUGUGAUUGGCACCAUUUCCAGUCCACAGGCCACAGAAAGACUCAGAAUGGAACAAGAGUCCCUGGCGUCAAACUGUCCACUGGGUGGCAGUGGAGCACUGCAAACUCAAGUAUCCCAAGUACUCAAGGAACCCUCCACUGAAUACUCCUUUCCAUCUGCUUUGUGUGGCAUGACUCAGGUGGCGAGUGCUGUUGCUGUCUGUGGCCUGGGUGAAAGGGAAGAGGUGACAUACCCAGUGGCUCCGAGUGACCGCUUGCCUGCAGCUGAGCCUUCUGAAGCCAUCUUCCCACUUGGUAGUUUAGCAACAGGGAGAAGCAUAGAGCUGGGGAAGGAAGCCAUUGCAGAGGGAUUGCUCAAGGAGGCAGCUCUGAUUUUAACAAAGCCUAAUACCUACAGCAGCAUUGGAGACUUUAUGGAAUCCAUGAACAAGAGAAUCAUAGAAACUGCUUCAAAGCCCCAGUCCCUGUGCUCAGAAAAUGUCCUCAGAAAUGAACUGGCACAGACCCUGUCCAAUGUUAUCCUUAAGCAUUCCAUUGAUGAAGUUCACCAGAAAAAUAAAAUAAUUGACCCCAACGAUGGCAGGCAUUCGUCUGAAAUUCUGGACACCUUAAUAGAAAGUACAAAUCAACUUCUCUUCAAUGUGAUAUGCUUCACGUUCAAGAAGAUGAGUCAUAUUGUAUGGCUUGGUGAAUGUCCCCCCGUCCUUUCUAAGGAGACCAUCAGAUGGCAGGAGGCAGAACUAGGCUGCCAGUCAUCUGAUCAGACUAAUCAAGCAUGGAUAAAAGCCACUGAAGACUCCAGCAACUAUCCACUUAGCAAUCUGCACAGCACUAGUCAUGUCAUCAACGAUCUUGUGGAUGACAUGAAUCCAAACCAAGACAGCAAGGGUGGAGUGAAGCCAGGUCUCUUCAAGAACCCCAUGUUGCAAUUUGAAUUAUCAGGUAGCCAUAGAGUGCCCAAUUCUCCUAAUGCCAAUACAUCCCCCAAGGAAAUAUAUUUAAAAGGCAUGAUGGGAGAGGAUACAAAAAGCCCUCAUCAGACACUCAGUCACAGUGAGAAUGAAUGCAGAGCCUCUUCAGAAGCACAAAAGUCACUGACACUCCACCAGCACAGAAGAGGCUCCCAGGAUGGUGGGAACAGUAUCAACCCAAACACCCAAGAAAAGUACAACUGUGCCACAUCUGGAAACAACGAAGUUCCAGUGAGCUUGUCCUUGUUAGGGAAUGACUUGCUGCUUCCUGCUCAAUCCAUGCUACAGGCAAAGCAUACAGACAUCUAUUGCAUUUCAGACUUUGCUGAAGAAUUAGCAGAGACUGUUGUCUCCAUGGCAACUGAAAUUGCAGCAAUUUGCCUUGACAACUCCAAUGGAAAACAACCCUGGUUUUGUGCAUGGAAAAGAGGGAGCGAGUUUCUGGUUACACCCAAUGUAUCCUGCCGAUCUUUGAAGAGAAAGAAGGAAAGCCAGGCUAGUGGAGUCACUGUGAGGAAACACAAGCCGCCCCGGCUCAGUGAGAUCAAGAGGAAGACAGAUGAGCACCCUGAGCUUAAGGAGAAGUUGAUGAACAGGGUUGUGGAUGAGUCUAUGAACCUUGAGGAUGUCCCAGAUUCUGUCAAUAUUUUUGCAAAUGAGGUGGCAGCCAAGAUCAUGAAUCUGACAGAAUUCUCCAUGGUCGACGGCGUGUGGCAAGCCCAGAGCCAUCCCCGGAAUCGGUUACUGAGUGGGGACAGGUGGAACCGGCUGAAGGCCUCCAGCUGUGAGAGCAUUCCCGAGGAGGACUCUGAGGCCAGGGCCUAUGUCAACAGCCUGGGUUUAAUGAGCUCCCUGAGCCAGCCGGUCAGCAGGGCCAGCUCAGUCUCCAAACAGUCAAGCUGCGAGAGCAUUACCGAUGAGUUUUCCAGGUUCAUGGUGAACCAGAUGGAAAAUGAAGGGAGAGGAUUCGAGUUGUUGCUGGAUUACUAUGCCGGCAAGAAUGCCAGUAGCAUUCUGAGCUCAGCGAUGCAACAGGCGUGCCGGAAAAGUGACCACCUGAGUGUGAGGUCGAGGCAGUCCAGCACAGAGAGCAUUACUGAGGAGUUCUAUAGGUACAUGCUAAGGGACAUGGAAAGAGACAGCAAAGACAGCUCCUCCUCCAGGCGAAGCAGCCACGAUUGGACGACUGGCUUAUUGUCUCCUUCUCUGCGAUCCCCAGUGUGUCAUAGACAGUCGUCCGUGCCAGACAGCAGGUCCCCAUGUGCCAGGCUGACAGUGAAUGUGCCUGUCAAAGCCAACUCCUUGGAUGGCUUUGCUCAGAACUGCCCACAAGAUUUGCUAAGUGUCCAGCCAGUCAGCAGUGCAGCUUCAUCUGGGCUCUGCAAAUCUGAUUCUUGCUUGUACCGGAGAGGUGGGACUGACCACAUCACAAACAUGCUAAUUCAUGAAACGUGGGCGAGCUCCAUUGAGGCCCUCAUGCGCAAGAACAAAAUUAUCGUGGAUGAGGGGGUAGUUGAUGCUGAGCAGGUCUCUGGGGGCUCUUCUUUGCAAGCAGAGAAGGGUGCAAACAGAUCAACUGUGAGCAGAGUGCAGGGCAGGCCAGCUAUGCUUGUCCAGGAAGCUAUAGAUUACCCGAGGAAAGACUCUGUUACCAAAAGCAAACGCCCCCCACUGUCAUCUCCGAGCAAAACUGCACCUCUUACAAACCACAACAGUUUAGAUUCUAAAAAGGAAACUUCCUCGUGCCAGGACGCUGUCUCUCUAAACCACACCAGGCGAUCACUGUGCUCAAGGGAAGUGCCUUUGAUUCAGAUUGAAACAGAUCAUAGAGAAGCCUGUGCUGGAGAAACUGAGCCCAUGCUUUCCAAAAGCAACCCCCUAAAGGAAGCAGAAGAGUCUUUAAAUGAAGAAAAAGUCCCAGCUGUUGAGCCACGUGGAGAUGCCAGCUCCAGCCAAAUUCAUAGUGACAGCCUUGACGCCAAAGAUGCCCCAGGGGAUGAAGUCUCCACAGAAGCCAGAGCCCCCGAUGAGUUCCCCAACCCUCCCAGCAGCAGUGAGGAGAGCACAGGCAGCUGGUCCCAGCUCGCCAAUGAGGAAGAUAACCCAGAUGACACAAGUAGCUUUCUGCAGCUCAGUGAGAGAUCUAUGAGCAAUGGCAACAGUAGUGCCACUAGCAGUCUUGGCAUUAUGGACCUGGACAUUUAUCAGGAAAGCAUGCCAUCAUCUCCCAUGAUUAAUGAAUUAGUGGAAGAAAAGGAGAUUCUUAAAGGACAGUCAGAAAACAUAGAGGCACAUGCAUCUGGACUGCCUGUAGGAACAGCCAGCCAUCAGAGGAACCUGCUGGUAAUCAACUUUGACCUGGAGCCAGAGUGUCCUGAUGCCGAGCUUCGAGCCACGCUGCAGUGGAUAGCUGCCUCUGAACUUGGGAUUCCUACCAUCUACUUUAAGAAAUCUCAGGAAAACAGAAUUGAAAAGUUUCUAGAUGUCGUGCGGCUGGUGCAUCGGAAGUCCUGGAAAGUGGGGGAUAUCUUUCAUGCAGUUGUCCAGUACUGCAAGAUGCAUGAGGAGCAGAAGGAUGGGAGCCUGAGUCUCUUUGACUGGCUUUUGGAACUGGGAUAGAGCAGCCAGUCCUUAGAGACCAUUCCUUCCCUUUAUUCCAAUUUAGAUUACAGUGGUUUGUUCUAAAUGCUCUACACUCUUCCAAAUCAUUGAAUCACAUUAGCAGAGCUAUUAAAAAUCUGCUAUUCAAGUCCACUGCACACAGAAUACAUCUGAGGAAAAGCAAAAUAUAGGUUUGUCCAAAUCUAUACAGCCUCUGGGUGAGUUCCAAAGAGCUUGGAUUAGGAUUAGAAGGGCUGGAAAAAGAGAAGCUUUGAUGGGGUCCAAGUUAAACAGCUUAUCAUGAGGUCCAAACUCCAGGAAAGCUACAUUCACAUAUGUUUAAUCAUAUAAAAUAAUCUGUAGUAUCUCCAAUUAGGUGAAUCAACUGGAAGCAAACUCAUUGGUCAAAAUAAUGUCAUAAACUAUGCCUCAACCUAUAUUUUGCUUUUCUGAGCAUAUUAAGGAGCUGCCAGGCCAGGGAAAUAUCUAAGAUAUAGGUGAGAAAUUACCAGUCCUUUAUAUAAAAGUUUUCCACUUUCAGACCAAUAUCAGUGGAUAUUGAUAAAUGUAUAUCUCCCAACAAUAUCUGGGCUCCCAGACAACUAGCAAAUUAUAGGCAUUCAACUGUGGGAGAGGAAGAUUCAAGAUUGUCUUAUUUCCAUUACUAUAUUACUUGAGUAAAAUGAUUACAAAAUUCUUAUCCUAAGAGAUAGCUUUCUUACUUUAAAAAAAGUCUUUUCAGAUAAAAAUCUGCUUGUGUACUGAAUUAUACGAAAUAUAAACUUUCAUUUUAUUUAUUUUAAAUUAUGAAGAGAUUAUUAUCAUAAAUAAUAUAUUGAGUUAGCUUAGAGUUUCAUAAAAUAUGAAGAGAUUGUCGUCUAAACUCAUAUACUAACAUUAUGCUCAGUGAUUCAUUUCAUCAUGAAUUUGCUGGUACCCACAUGGUAGACAUGUUAUUCCAAUGGCAUUUAUAAUGACAGAAGCAGGGUAAUAGCCUUGUGUUUGACAUGACCAAUUAGGAUUACGGACUUUCCCUGACUCAAAGAUAUGAACAAUGAAUUUGGGGAAAAGACGACUUUAUCACAUUUUAAGUAUUUUAAUAACAGAGAUUUACUCUUUUGAAAAAUAAAAAUACCUAAUGUCUCCCAUAUGUCUUCUUUCCUUGCAAAUAAAUGAGCUACACUAACUUAUUUUCUUGAUCAAAAGGGUGUUUAUUAAGGAUUUCUGUAAAAAGGUAUACUUUUACUCUAUUUUUAAAGAUUGUGAAAUAACUUUAAAUGUGAUCAAGUCCCCAUAUCAUGAAUGCUGGCUCAUCUGAUCUAUCUUCCACAUUUUGGAAUGCAAAGAAAGCUUCCUUGUAAGCCAUACUUCCUUCCCCAUUCCCACCUUAGAAUUCUUUCCCAGUGCUCAUUAGGCAUUUAUUAUACAAAUAGUCCAAAUUUAGGUUAAAUAUUUAAUUUGACACAUUAGUCAAAUGUCAAAUUUUAAAAUAUAUCUCAUCCACUCACACUGAAAUGUGUUUCAUUGUGCUACUAAGUGGAAAAGGUUAUACUUAUUUUUUAAGCAAUCCCAGAAUAUUGUGUGUAAAAUUUUGUUGUGCUUGAAUAAAUGUUAACUUAUCUUACAAAGCACAAGUACUGAAUUGUAACCAUGUGAUGAAGUUAUCUAUGUUGUACCUAACAUUGCAAACUAAUCAAUAAAUCUCUGUUGCUAAA